AGAAACAUCGCUUGCUUUAUACUUCGUACAAUGCAGUAGCAAUAAAGACGUGCGCCUGAAUAUCACCACUCUUUUCUUGACUGUAAUGUAUACACAUAAGAUAUGAUUCAUGCAUGUAUUGCUACGAACAUUUGUCCAUUCAUUAUAGGAACCCUUAGCUUUGGUCGAUCUUUGGAGAUCAAGGAUCAUACACAUAACAUAUAUUUUCUCGUACGUUGUCGUUUUCUUGGCCAGAUCAACGUAAGCGAUUGCCACCAUGGCCAAGAGCAGGCAUGGAAAACGAGAUUUGCACUCCUACACAAUCAGAGGCACCAACAGAGUCGUCAGAGCUGGGGAGUGUGUGCUUAUGAGGUCGCCGGAGAACGAAACAGCCCCAUAUGUGGCAUAUGUGCAGAAAAUAGAGGCUGACGACAGAAACAAUGUGAAUGUGUGUGUGAGGUGGUAUUACCGACCAGAGGAAACAGUGAGAGGGAGGCAAUCGUUUCACGGAACUAAAGAGUUGUUCUUAUCAGAUCACUAUGAUGUCCAGAGUGCCGAAACUAUUGAAGGGAAAUGUACCGUUCACUCUUUCAUGGCGUACACUGAACUUUCAUGCGUCGGUCCGGAUGAUUACUAUUGUCGAUUUGAGUACAAUGCUGCAACUGGAGCUUGUCAUCCUGACCGAGUUGUUGUGUAUUGCAAAUGCCAGUUGCCCUACAACCCAGAUGACCUGAUGAUGCAAUGUGAAGCCUGCAAGGACUGGUUCCAUCCCAGGUGUGAGGGCAUGUCUAUCCAACAGGCAAAGCAGCAGGAUCGAUUUGUUUGUACCGCCUGUGUAUCGGCUCAACAUGCAAAAAAACGUCCAAACGAGUGUUCUGUUUCUGCAAUGAGUAGUGACAAGGUUAGACCAAAACGGCAGAAGAGAUAGGUUCCAGUUUGAAGCAGAGGGAGGAUGAAUACUAUGAUUAGUAGUAGAAGUAGUUUUGUGUUCUUUUUUGUAUUCAUUUAACUAUCUAGUGUCUCUUUGGUAGCUUCAUUUUGAUGCAUGUGAUAUUAUUUUAUAACAAAAAAUUAACUCAUUUGACUUGAAUCGCCAUAUGGGCUAAUAAUGAGGAUAGUAUAGUAUGGGUUAAUACAUAUGGUCUUCAAAGAAAUGUUUGAGCAGAUAGUAUAACUUUUUUACUUAUAUUCAACUUAAUCAAAGAUUCGUUUCAAAGAUUGGUUAGAGUAAAUGACUAAACCAUUUGUUGCCAAAGAAAUUUGUGUUUAAUGUGUCAAAUCCUCUCGUGAUAUACAAAUUGUGCAUAGUCUCUUGUGAUAUAAAAAAAGUGCCAAAAUCCUCCUUGUUAUAAACUUAUAAUUAAUGAUGCACAUAACACCUUGAGAUAACAUAUUUAGCGAUUUGUACGGAGUAUUAAAUACUCCUCUUCCCUUAAAACUUUGCAUUUUUCAGUAAGUCAUGUUAAACUUUGACUAAUGAUACAUUUUUAUAGCAAAUAAUUUAGGAAAAAUAACUUUAAAUAAAACAAACUAUCUUCCAUGAACCAAGAAUAAUACAUACUUUGGAAAUUACUUUUAAUAAUAUCAAC